GGGUGGAUGCGUGCGCGCCUUCAGCCGUGUUUACAAGGAGCCGAUCUGAGUGCAGCUGAUCCGGGCAGUGAAAACAUCAAUCAGUAGCUAGUUACUCGCGAUUUUCGAAUUCGGAAUAUCGCCAUGUACCGUUCUCGGUACGCGUUCCGCUCUACGGAACCGAACUCCUUGCCCUUUGCGGCCGGAGAGACCUUCCUUAUUCUAGAGAGAAGUAAUCAACACUGGUGGCUGGGCUCUCGCUCGAGCAACGGCGAGACCGGCUACAUCCCGGCCUCUUAUAUCGAGAAGAUACAGACACCCCAGCAGGAUGAGGUGCUGCAGUCCAUUGAUCGUGCCAUUGAAACCAUUCACAAUGCUGCAAUGAAGAAUGCUGGCAAGUACAACUUAGAGCAGAGGGAUGUCUUGCAAAAGCUAAUUCACCAUCGAAAAGAGACACUUGCCCGUAAGAGCCCUUCUCCAGGCAAUCACAGACGCAUUCUGCCUACAUCUGCCAGUGACUUUGAGCUCAGCAUAUCUCAACAACCUAAUGGGUUAAACCGUAGUUAUGGCAGGCAGGCUAGUGAACCAGUACCAGAGUGUCUGAGCAAGGAUGAAAGCUUCUACCAGAUACCACCUCAGCCUCGGCGUGCCGCUCCAAUAAUGCCCCCACCACCUGAGAAACGAAGAGGAGCUCGACAGCAAGAACCACAAGUUCCAUCUAGGGGCUCUUCUGUGUCUACUAGUUCAUCUGUAAGCAUCACUUCAUUGGAAACAGUCAGCUCAGCACGUGCAUCACAUACAUCUGAAACCAGCCUUCCCACUCUUUCAGCUACACCUCCACCAGUCCCUUGCAGAAUUCGGCCAAAUUUGGGUGGCACAAGUAGUAAUACAGCUCAGCCUCGCUCUCCCUCUCCACAGCCCCAGAUCCAAUUUCAAGAUCAGGACCAUUUGACAUCCCAAAACCAGUCGAAGCCUGAAUCCCAGGGCCGGAGCAUGGACCAUUUAAAACUUCAAAGCCAGCCUCAUUUGAAAUCUCAGGACCAGACUAAACCGCAGAAUCAUGAACGACCAAGAUCCCAGUUUCAAGACAUGGAGCAGUCCCAACAUCAUCUACAAAUGCAAAACAAGGAUCGAUUACAGAAAGGUGUGCCUGCUCUUUCUCAAACAGAACUCUGUUCUGGAUCCUCAAGUUCUAGAGGAAGCCCUGUUCACUCAGGAAAAGCAACAGCAUUGGAGAGUGAACAACAUCAACCCAGUGAAGUGCCACCCACAAUUGGAGCAGAGCUGAUUGAACUUGUAAGGAAAAACACAGGUUUGAGCUAUGACUUGUCCCGGGUUGCUAUUGGAAUUGUCAUCGGACAUAUCCAGAGUAGUGUUCCUAAUAUUGCAGAUAUCAUGGAGCAGAUCUUACUCUCACUAGUGGAAAGCAAGGAUAUGAGUGCUGCUCUGCCACAGGGGCAGGUUUGCCAUGACCAACAGCGUCUGGAAGUGAUCUUUAAAGACCUAGCAAGGCAUAAGGAUGAUGCUCAGCAGCGGAGUUGGGCUCUGUAUGAGGAUGAAGGAGUGAUCUCUUGCUACUUGGAGGAGCUACUGCAAAUACUGACAGAUGCCGAUCCUGAAGUGUGCAAAAAGAUGUGUCGUAAAAGUGAAUUUGAGCCAGUCCUCUCUUUGGUGGCUUAUUAUCAAAUGGAGCAUCGGGUGGCCCUGCGCCUACUUCUGCUCAAAUGCUUUGGUGCCAUGUGUAACCUUGAUGCUGCUAUCAUCUCCACACUGGUGAACUCGGUCUUACCCAUGGAGCUGGCCAGAGACAUGCAAACACAUACUCAGGAACACCAGAAGCUUUGUUACUCUGCACUGGUCCUUGCAAUGCUGUUCUCCAUGGCGGAGCCGCUGCCUUACCAUCACUAUGAACAGCUGAAUGAGAACUUCAUCCAGUUCCUGCUGGAUGUCAUAGAGGAAGGGCUGCCUUCUGACACAACCGACCAGCUCCCUGACCUUUUCAUCAAUGUGCUGCUUGCCUUCAAUCUGCAUCAGACGGUGCCAAUGAGCAACAUUAUUAUGGCCACCCUGGUAAAAAGGCCCAACGUUAAGACUUUGUCUGAGAAAAUCUUACUGCUGCUUAACCGUGGAGAUGACCCAGUGCGUAUGUUUAACCACCAGCCUCAGCCCCCUCAUUCUGUACUGAAUUUCCUUCAAGAUGUGUUUUCUAAUGUUGAAACGGCCAGUAUUUUCUAUCGCACUGACAUGAUGGUGAUGAUUGACAUCAUUGUGCGGCAGAUCUCCAAUUUGUCCCCAGGAGACAAGCUGCGGAUGGAGUACCUCUCCUUGAUGCUCGCCAUUAUUAACACUACUGACUACCUCCAGCAUCGUCACCGCUUAGCAGAUCUGCAGGGGGUGCUUCAGCGUAUCCUGAGAGAAGCUGAGGUCGGUGAAGCCAGCCAAAUGGACAAGUUAAUUGUGCAGGAGAUUUACAGAGAAUUUCCAGAGAUUGCUGAAACAGUCUAAGACUGACAGGAGGUGCCAACAAUAUGUUAUUAGUGACGGCAGUUCCUUCUCCUCCACCCCAUCACCUCAGUCCUUGUUUGGUAUAUUGAGGAGAACAGGGCUUCAGGGAACCUCAGCCUCUUCCCCGUUUGCCACUUCCUGGUUUGUAGUUUUGUUAGAUUGAAUUCCUGACCCCAUCGUGUGGCCUUUUCAGCCCUGUCAGAUCCCCCUUUACUCAUGCAGCCCUUGCUCUUCUCAGCCAGCUUCUGCUGUAGUAUCUUGGUGCCUUUGUCAUGUAAGUGCAGUGACAAGUAGCAGUCUCGUGCUGCCCUGUUGGUGGGAGCACAGGACAGGCCUCCUGGCCGCUGUUUCACCAUAUCAUCAUACAUUUCUAAAGCACUGCUUAUCCCAAGUAAUGGUAAAACAACAGUCUAGUCAGCUUAACCCAAAGCCAGCAAAGAUGUGAUGUGAUUAUAGAACAGCUGUCUUUGCAGAAUGUCCCAAAAUACAUUGCUGUGCAGUACCCACAGGGUCAGAUCUUUUUGGCCUUGAGUCGGGUUGUGGCUCAGAACAUGUCAGGCACCAGUGAACAAUGACAAAAAUGAAAGCCGUACUACAGAAAUGACUACAUGUCAGUUCGCAGUUCACACUCCUCAUAAGCAGACCUUCCUGUGACCCGUGCCAAACACUUUGCCAGGGUUUCUUCUGGCUUUGCUUUGCUUUGCUUCUGUGCACUUUUGUGGAAUCCAACCCCGACUUCCAUCCCAGUUUGACCAGGGUUGUGAGUUUUGCUGCACCAAGUUGUCUGUAGUGAAGGACACGUCUACGUAAAAUUGUUCUCCUUUGAGAGCUGAAAAAAAUGUGUCUGUGGGCCAGCUUGCUCUUCGCUCUUGUUCUCACUGUGACAUGGUGGGUGAGGAGGAGGGUUUUGAUAUUGGCACAGGAAUAUCAUGUAAAGAAAAUGUAUUGGAUGUUUAAAGAAAUAAAGUUUCUGUAUUUUCUUAAAACUUCUGAAUAAACUAUUACUAUGUGGUAACGGAAGCCCCGUGGCUGACAGGGAA